AUGAGGUUCUGGUCAACCUCUCCCGCGCUGUUUGCGCUAUUUUCAGCACUCGUCCAGGUUUCAGCAGCUGCAGAUGCCCCGACAGCCCCCGAGACACCUGGAAACAGUGACCCCCCAUGCACCGCGACGUCGCCCACCUCCGGGAACUUCUUCGAUCUCCGUCCACUGAUCCGGACGACGGAGAAGAAGUCUGCGGAUACGGACUGGGUGGCCAAGGGCCUCGACUACAACGCCAAUUUCACAAUCAACAUAUGCGCACCGGUGCUGGCAGACGUGACGCAGGUGGAAGGCAUCAAGGGAGAUGCGAAGAAGAACGUUAGUGCGUUCUACGAGAAAGACGGAGAAAUGUAUUCCAUCGGGAGCGUAUCCACAGACCUCCACUUCAGAGGGAGGAAGCUCGUUAUCGAGUACACCGACGGCUCACCCUGCCCUGAUGCCCCGAAGCUACGGAAGUCAACAUUGAUGAGCUUGAUGUGUGACCGGGAUAUGCUGCAGAAGGCAGCUGUCUCGUUUGUGGGUCAAGCGAACGAAUGUGCGUACUUCUUCGAGGUCAGGACGGCAAGCGCGUGCCCGACAGUGAAGAUCCAGGCGCUGGGACCAGUUAGUGUAUUUGGCAUCAUUGGGCUUGUUGCGGCAAUAGUCUAUUGCGCAGGUGGUUGCAUGUAUCAGAGAAGUGUGAUGCAUGCGCGAGGGUGGAGACAGAUUCCACACUAUCAUGCGUGGGCAGGCGCUAUUGGGUUCAUAUGGAGCACAGCCAACACAGUCUGGACCAAAUUCAUCGAAUGCCUCCCCCUACCAUCCUCGUUCCGGCGCUCGCGCUCAAACUCUGGAUACGGCCGUGUAGGCGGCAGUGGCUUUGGCGCACGGACCGUUGGCGGUGAUCGGAUUGGCGGCGGCAGGAGCUCAGUAGAAGAUGAAAACCAGCUUAUCGAUGAGUUGGACGAAGACUGGGGCGAUGAGCCUUAG